AUGUCAGAGGAGUUGGACAGACAUGGGGAGUCGGCGAGCGACAGCGUCGCUGGCGGUGGCGUCACAAACGUGGCGCGUGUGUUAUUGACCCCUGUCCAGCUUGACACCGCAUCCGCGGAACUUCGUACCGCGUGGAAAAACCAGGACUCGUAUAUUGACCAUCUCGAAACAUUGAACAAACAGUUGGAAGGCAGCUUGGAAAAGGCGAAAGGUAUAGAAGAUAGGAUACGACAGCAAUAUGCAGAAUCCCAACAUCGUGAAAAAGUCCUUGUGAGGCGGCUUGCAGCCAAGGAACAAGAAAUUCAAGACUAUGUAAGUCAAAUAACGGAACUCAAAUCAUCACACGCCAGCUUAAAUGGAAGGCCAUCAUUAUUGGACCCAGCUGUUAACAUGCUUAUUCUAAGGCUAAAACAAGAACUAACAUCCACUAAAGCCAAGCUUGAAGAAACUCAGAAUGAACUAUCAGCGUGGAAGUUUACACCUGACUCGAAUACAGGAAAAAAAUUAAUGGCUAAAUGCAGGCUGUUGCACCAGGAAAAUGAAGAUCUGGGAAGGAUGACGUCUAGUGGAAGAAUAGCAAAGUUGGAAGGUGAUCUAGCGUUACAGAAAAGUUUCAGUGAAGAAGUUAAGAAGUCACAGUCAGAAAUGGAUGAGUUCCUACAAGAAUUAGAUGAAGAUGUGGAAGGAAUGCAGAGCACAGUGUUGUUCCUCCAGCAAGAGUUACGCGCUACGCACGCAACAGUGAAUGGUAACAGGCCGUCAACUCCAGCUGACAAACGGACUUAUUCCGGUAGUGAGUGCAGUGACACGCCUGUGGGCAAGAGACGCCGCGCUUCCGUACUAUCUUUAGACUAUAAUGAAGAGGAAGAACCUCUCACUGUGACCAACGGUGAAGCAGACUAG